AUGGCUUUUCACUCUGUAUUUCUUGUUUUCUUAGUUGGCCUGGCAUUUUUCUCUGAAGCAACACCACAGGGCUCUUCUGAUUCCAAGCAUCCUCUUGUUGUAAAAAUUCUGGAUUCAGUCCGAGGAAGUCCAGCUCCAAAUGUUCCAGUUAAGUUAUAUAAAGCAGCUGCAGAUGGAUCUUGGGAACUGUUAAAUUCAAAACAAACCAAUGAAAAUGGAGAGCUUCAAGAGCUUACAACUAAAGAACAGUUUGUAACAGGGAUAUAUAAGAUUGAGCUUGAUACAGCCUCUUACUGGAAGAAACUGGGUUUGAAUCCCUUCCAUCAACAUGCUGAUGUGGUAUUCACAGCCAAUGAUGUUGGUUAUCGACAUUACUCCAUCACUACUGUCCUCAGUCCCUUUUCUUACUCAACUACAGCAGCAGUCAGCGAGCCAGUGGAAUAAAAACUUGACAUUAAACAUAAGGAUUUAGAUGUGUAAAUUUAAAUUUCCAUAAACUCUACAAAUAGUUUCUGACUGUGGUAACAGUUUUAGAAUUUACAUAGCACUUCCCAGAGUAAAUCACUAACAGCAAAAGUCAAGUUGUUUAUUCCUUUAGUUAACUUUAGGAAGAUGUACUGACUUUGUUUUCAAUCACUCUUGUGAAUAAAAGCAUUCAGAGAAACAAAUUAAGUUUAUAAAAAACAUACCGAAGUCUUCUGUGAUGUUAAUAAGCUACAUUCCUUGGAAAGAAAGUGAACAAAGUAUACCUGAAAGGUAUCUCAUAGUAAGUGAGCACAUGGGAAAUGUAAACCAUGACUUGCCAUCACCUAUACUUUAUGUUUAAAGCCCACAGUGGAUGAAAUCACAUGGGGCUACACACGUAGGAGGAGCUUUUGAGUGACAACAGGGUAAAUAGGAGUAUGCAAAGAUUCUAAAUGAACUCAGAAAGCCCCCUUUUCUACUCCUAAAUAUAGCUGGUAAGACUUUCAAGGAGAAUCCAUAUCUACUAUUGCAGAAAAUUAAAAUCACUAAACACACUU